AUGAGUAUUUUAGUGAGAGUUGAAGGAGCUUCUAAGGAUUUAAAGAUUAUGUAUCCAGAACCAGAAGAGAUUCAAUUAAACUUCUGUACUUUAAUAGAUUUAGAAUUUACAAGUUUUUCAAAUAAAGCAGAAAUGAUAGUUCAAUUUAAGUUAAAUGAAGUAUUUGCCCUUAAAAUUCAAACCUAAGAAGUGUUACUUUAAUUAGAUUCAAUAAAGAAGCGAUUUAUGCUUCAAUGUUUAAUAUAUCCUGGAGAACAUAUAGUUUGGGUGUCAUGCAUGAAUAAUUUUGUAGUGACAGAAAAAUCAUUAGAUCAUAUAUUGAUGGGUAAAAAACCUUAAUUAGAAACAAUAACAGAAGAGGAUGAUACAGUCAGUCCUUUAAAAAGAAAGUCUGGAAAAGAAAAUAAAUAAAAAUAAAGUCAUUCUAAAAAAAUAUCUCCUUCUAAAACAAAAAGUCCUAAAAAAAAGGAUCUAUCUACAAGUACAAGUAAAUUAUGAUAUAUAGAAAGGACAAAGAGGAGUACUCUACAUUGGUCGUAAUCCUUGGUUUAAACUCCAAAAUCUCCUUUAAAAGGAGACUAUGUUGAUGCCUUACUUGCUUAAUUGAUUUAAUAAAAUAGUCGAAAAAAUAAAUCAAGAAAGAGAAGACCAUCUACAUCUUAUCCUUUAAGACCUAAAAUUGAUAGUGAAGGAAUGAUUGAUAGAUAAUGGUUGGAAGAAGAAAUGAUAAAUGAAGAUUUGUGA